AUGAAGUACGUCAAAUCCGAUGAAACCCUGGAGAUCCCAGCCGGUGUUACUGUUAACAUCAAGGCCAGAGAAGUUACUGUCACUGGCCCAAGAGGUCAACUGUCCAAGAACUUGAGACACAUUGACGUUACCUUCUCGAAGGUCUCUGACUCUUUGAUCAAGAUCACUGUCCACAACGGUGACAGAAAGCACGUUGCUACCUUGAGAACCGUCAAGUCUUUGAUCGCCAACUUGAUCAAGGGUGUUACCCUCGGUUUCAAGUACAAGAUGAGAUUCGUCUACGCCCAUUUCCCAAUCAACGUCAACAUCAUCAGCGAGGACUCUAAGACCUACGUCGAGAUCAGAAACUUUUUGGGUGAGAAGAGAGUUAGAAAGGUCCUUGUUCAGGAAGGUACCACCGCUGAGCUCUCUGCCAACCAGAAGGAUGAGCUUACCGUCUACGGUAACUCUUUGGAAAACGUUUCCCAGACCUGUGCCGAUGUUCAGCAGAUCUGCCGUGUCAGAAACAAGGAUAUCAGAAAGUUCUUGGACGGUAUCUACGUGUCUGAGAAGGGUACCAUCGAGGAGCCAGCCGAAUAA